AUGAGUUCUUUAAAAAGUUAUAGUAACAUUAGUGAUAAGCUUGAAUAUAUUGAUAUCAAUGAAGGAGUCGAUAUUAAAAUACUUGCUGAAUGUUUUGUAACAGACAUGCAUCAUAUUCAAGAGAAUGAUGGAAAAGAAUUUAUAAUUGAUCACAUAAAAGAUUAAUUAAAAUAUUACGAGAAACAAAUCAAUUUAUUAAAUAAAUCUUAAUAAUUGUAAUUUAUUUAAGCAAUUAAUUCAGAAAAAAAUGAUUAUGAAGCAUUAUAUAAUACAGUCUGGUAAAUGUAAAAGAAACCGACUUCAUUACAGGUACAUUAAAUUAAUUCUAGUAAUUUCGUUCUUCAAGAGUAUAAGUCAUAAAUAGAUUUAUUAUAAAAAAAUAAUUUUUUUUAGAAUGCAAAAUGUUUUACCGACACCGAAUCGAAUAAAGAUUUUUAAAAACAAACAAUAUGAUCCAGAUAAAAAAGUAAAUUAAUUUAGGAAAUUAAUUAAUAUCAUGAAAAAUGAAUUAGAAAAAAGAUUGCAAAAAUUGACAAUCGAAUCUAAUUCUCCUAUCUUCCGUGAUUUUAAACUAAAACUAACUAAAGUUUAUAUGUAUAAAAAGUAAGUAAAAAAAUUGAUGACGAAGAUUUUGAAUUAGUAAAAAAUGAUAGGAAUUUUAUAGAGAAAAAAAUAUUUGUGUUCGCUUCGUAAAAGAUAUGAAUAAAAUAAGAUCUAAAUAUAUAAUGAUUAGAGUCUUUCAUCAACUUGAUAAUGAAAAAAAUGGGGGAAUAUCAACUGAUUUUAAAAACUUAGUCAUUGAUCAGUAAAAUUUUGAAAAAAUCAAGCUAGUGUUAUUGCAUAUGAAAUCUUAGUAUUUAAUUUCUAUAAAUAUAAAAUCUAAGACUUUUUGA